AUGGGUUUUAUUGGCGGUGGAGAAGAAGUUAAAAAAGCAAUUUUGAAUGGUUUGCAGAGUAAUGUAAAUCAGCUUGUUAAGCUUUUACAAGCAUCUUGCGGAGGUGAGGGGUGUUGUAAGGAUGUUAAGAAUUUCCGUGAUGGACAUCUUAAAAAACUUCAAAAGACAUUUAAUGACAUUGAUGAAAUUGAGAGAGAAAUUAAUGGCCUUAAAAAGCAAAAAGAUAUUGCUGAAAAAAGGAAGGCGCCUGAGAAGGCGCCGUCCGUCGGUGAGUCUGAGAUUGAUGAGCAAAUUAAGAAAAAAACUGUGGAACUUGAAAAAGAAAUUUCUCAGCUUCAACCUCAAUUAGAUAAGCUUAAAGAAGAAAUUCCUACAAAAAUUCAGGAGCUUAACAAUAAUGUUUCUGGUGUAAGUCAGAAGCUUACUGACACAAUGAGAGAAAUUCAAUCCAAAAUUGAAGCGCAUAAAAAUGAGCAAAAAGGCUCUCAAAAUAAUGUUAAAAAUAUCUCCAUUCCCUAUGAUCUUUCCAAUUCUCUUGCAACUGCGCAGGCUAAAUUGAAGUCUCAUGAGGCUUCGUUGGGGUCUCUUGAAAGUCUUGAAAAGCUUAUUACAUUUCAUCAGAGUGUUGAAAAGAAUAAAGAUGCGUACGAUAACAAUUGUAAAAACCUUUUAAAUAACCUAUGCUCUGGCUUGGAGAAGUUCCUUGGUUACCAAGAAACUUCCAAAGGCUACUCGGGCGAAGGAAUCGUGUACUCGGACCUUGACAGGCUCUGCGACGGGGUGAUGUCUUUCCUUCAUGGUGUUCUUGAGAGUGUGAAGGAGGAUGAGAGCGUUACAACUUAUAGCUUAAUAACUGACACAGACCUUAAUAAUGUUUUAGCUUAUAUGCAUAAUGGUAAAUAUGGUUUCAUUCAUUGCAUCGAUGCUGUGAUACGUAUACUUCGUGACUAUGAUGUGGAGUUACAUAGGCGGACAGACGCAAUUAAAACACCACUUAGCGCACUUAGUAUUAAAAUAGAGUCACAUAAAAUUAAGGUCGAUGAGGAGAAGUCUCAUGAGAUUUCCGACCAAAUUACUUCCUGGACCCAGCGCGCUAGUCAGUACAUCGACACAGCAAGGCAGGCCGAGAGUGCUCUACAGAAGAUUGAUCCUGUACUAUCAAGUAAGUUAAAAUGUAAUGUUUCAUCGGUGUUGCAGGGUGUGAAAAAGUUCAAGGAAGAGGCGGGGAAUGAGGACCUGAGAAGAAUUUAUGACCUGACUGGAACGAAUAUGUUUGAACUGCUUAGAUAUGCGGAUGAGAGAUUCAAUGCAAGCAUUGAUCAUCUAAGGAAGUAUCUGGAAAAGAAGAUCACAACACUGUGUAAUAAGCUUGAAAGUUUGCGUGAUGAGCAAUUCUAUAAUUUGAAAACGUUUGUCGAUAAUGAUCUUCAAAGAGCCUUCAAAGCAGUGGAUAUCGGGAUUAGUGAAAUUCAAAAAAGACAAUCGUUGGAGAGCGCUUUUUCGGCUUUUAAAUCCGACCUUAAAACUCAACUUGAAAACGUAAACAACGCAAUCAACACCCCUGGCUCAGAUCUUGACAUCACAGAGUUUCAGAUUGGCGGCGAAAAGCCUCUUUCAGAUGUGAGUAAACUUAGUGUCACUCUACUAUCUUACACCUCAAAGCUGUCAUCGUCAAUCCAGAAAUUUAAUGGACAUACUUUAAAUAUAUCAAAGACCGAAGUAUCAGAUAUCCUCACCUCCCUUGGCAAAAUUUCCCAAACCGUCGCCGAACACUCAAAGGAGGUUUUAGAAAAAACAAUGGCAGCAAUUAAGACACAACUGGAGAAGGAGAUUAAGGCUGUGGCAGGUAUAAUAAAUGAAAAGUUGACAAAGAUUAGUACGGCUCUAAAGCAUGACAAGGAAGUCGACGCCGACUACGGUGUCGGUGUAGGCCAAUCAGCUAAAGGGCUUGCGAACUUGUUUAAAAUUUUCGGAGAAAAAAUUGAUACAGUGCUCGAACAGUUGAAGAAGACUGUUGGCCACGACGGUGAAAAGGCAAGCGAUUGUAGUAUUUUCGCAGAUUUGUUUCAGCUUAAGAACAACAUCACAGAGCUGGGUCAGAAUGUUAAUGGAGUGCAGAAGAGAGUCGGAUUAGUUGGUGAAGAACUAGAGAGGUGCGUUAAAGAAUCAAUUGAUAUGCUGGUAAAAGCGCCUAGAUGGGCCGCAACCAUCGUCGAUUCAUUGCGAAAGGAAGUGAAUGCAAAAAUAGAGCAGAUGUUCAGACAUGUUCAAGAUGAAGCUAAGAAACUCUACACCAACCGCAAAAAAAUUGAGCUCUCGGCCCUACACGAAAUUGUCACCGACCAACUUAAACAAAUUACAGAGAUCAUUAAGAACGAUCUGAACACCGGCCUCAAGGGCUUCUUGAACGUCCUAAGAGACAAGCAUAAUGGAGGUCAAAAACUCCACGACCUAAAGGACAAACAAAAUGUCGAAUCUCUCUCUCCCAAAUUAAAAGAUUAUGUAUAUGACAUUUUCCAGUAUGUAUUUAUCGACCUCCCCAAACAUCUCCCUUACUCUCAAUACUCCCCCCAACUCUCCGCCAUCCACUCCGCUGUGGCCACCCUCCUCUCCCACCUGUCCGCCGCAAAACACUUCACCCACCGCGUCCCCGGAAUGCUGCAAAAUCUCAAGACAUCCGUCCAAGCACUCCACUCCACAGCAUUCGCCAACCCCGCGUAUCCCGUGCUCGACGCUUUCCCCAAGAGCCUGGAGCGCUUCGUCGAGCAGCUGGAGAAGGGGUAUGUGAACAGGUAUGAGGGGUCUAAGCCGAUUACGUGGCAGGAGCAUUUUUCGAAUAAUCCAACGGAGGAGAGUAAAAUGACUGCUAAAAUUUUUCUCAGCGUGUUUUCCAUCCUGAACACAAAUUUGAGUGAGUUGAGAAAGAGGUGCAAGGUGGAUUGGAGAGGUGAUCAAAUUAAUGAAUUCACGGAGCUUGGGACAUUCUUCUCCGAUAAUGGUUUCGUAGUGUCCGACAAUAAUAAACAGAACGGCGAGUUGCAAAACAAAGAAGGGAUGAACGGAACAAAAGUCGUCGGAUGCCUUGUCGGUGAUUAUCCUCGUGUUUUCCCUUCUGUUGAAAACACUAGGCAUGCGAUUAAUACGAUUGUCGACUCUCUCCCUGCCUACUACCAAGUCGGUCACAUCUCCACAUUCUCCGCUAAUAAGCUACCAUGUUCAGUCUACGAAAUGCUCGCAUGGUGCUCCGGUUUACGCCAUAACGGUGCGUACGAUGCGCUUAAGCAGCACAUAAAAACAGCAGUCAAGACGAAGGAUGCGCAAUCUGGUAAUGAGUUACCUUACACGGAUGCGUUCCCAAGAGCAUUCGGCGCUCAACAUCUGGAAAAUGUCAUCGAACAUAUCACAUUGCAAUCCGCUUCCGUCCUAACCAGUAUAGUAGGCCACGGCAACGCUUCUACCACCUACUCCUGUGACUACUUCAACAACUCCUUUACAUUUAAAUAUCCCUCUAGCGGUUCAGAAUGCUUAGAUUUACUCAUUGACAUCCUUAAAAAAUUGUUCCCGCCACUGAGGUUUUUGCAUACCCAGUGCAAUCGUCGGCCUGAUCAUUACGGAUGGGCUGACUGCCUCUACGGCCAAGCUGUCGAAAUAUCAAACUGGCAAUGUAAUGACCACUUAACUGACAAAGCAAGUGACCAACCAACUGACCAACCUAGGUGCCAGGCAAACUGCCAAGCAAACUGCCGACCAACGUCCCCGCUUCAGUCCUACCUAACUGACUCCUUGCAUGGUUAUUUACCUCAUCAAUUGCAGUCUGUCGGUUGCACUCCCAAAUGUUUAACGUGCCCUGGUAGUAAACGAGGAAUGCACUGUCUCACGCCCCUCGGCUUCCGCGGUUUCUCGGGCAGUCCGAAGCAUGGUAACGAACUAUGUAAAGUGCUUAGAAACUUCUUCGACGAUUUCUAUCUUACAGCCUUAUUCUGUCUGGCCCCUAAACCUCCGACUACACUACCGGAGCACUUAGGAUUUGCCUUGUCCAUAGUUAGUGGUUGGCGUAAUGGUCAACCAGACGAAAACAAAGGGUCAUUGCAGUCAGAUGUCGUAGCAUCCAUUACUGAUCAGUCCAUCCAGUUAUAUGUCGAUCCGUCUCAACUCACCGAUGCUCUCACCGCAGCUUACGGAUCUUCCUCCGCUACUCACUCGGAAUGUCAAAAUCCACACCUUAGGGGCCUUACAACCACUGACUGCUGUAAAGGAAAGCCAGAAAGAUAG